AGAAUAUAUUAUCAUUUUUAUUAUUAUUUAGUUUAAAAAUGACGAGCGCAUCGUUGGUAUUAAAAAGACCGCAUUCUGUAAUCGAAGUAGUGGAAAGCGCCACUUCUACUCAUAAAAAAAUACGUAUACAAACUACAGCUAAAAGCAGCUCACUUGUAGGGAAAUUACAACAAAGUAUAGCGCUUCUUGAAAAUGUGGCUCAACAAAAUAGUAAAGAACUUUUGGAGGUGUUGGUAAAGAUUGCUGAUGAGUUGGUAUUGGAUGAUUGUCAACUUCCGGACUUGUAUAAAGCCAUUAAAAAGUUACUAGAACUUUUUCGACAAGAACGUGACGGUGACACAACGAUACGGGUUAAGAUACUGCGACUUUUGGCAGACUUAGCCGAGGUACGUAUUGCAGAAGUAGUUAACGCUCUAAUAGAUGAAAUAAUAGCUGUUUUAAAACAUGAAAAAUCUCAAAAAGUCAUAGCACAAGGGUUAAGCAGUUUGCAUAAAAUUGGUGCUCGUAACUUAAAUCAGCUACCUUCCACGCAUGUAACUAAAAUCGCUCACUUUGCUCAACAGCAGUUGAUAUCAGAAUCGCACCAUACUCAAAAAAAUGCUUUAUUAGUUUUAUCGGCAUUCGUGGCUUUAACAGACGCUAAGAAGGGCGUUAUUGAUACGGUGGGGCACUAUGCGGAUUCUCAAGAUUCCGGGGUAAGAGCUCAAUCCUUGAGGUCUAUUUUAUGCUUGGGUGAACGUGGUGCCAUAUUGUCUCCUAACCUUUAUCAGAGAGCUGUGGACACAUUGGAAGAUGAUUAUGAAUGUGUGCGCAAGGAGGCUCUUCGCUUAGUUUUUCAAUUGGGUGUGUGUCAUCCAGACUAUAUGAUUUCGUGCAGUAAUGACGAUGAAGAGGAGAUGCGAUUAAUUGAUGCGGCUUUCAGUAAAGUGUGCGGAGCGCUUUGCGAUUUAUCGAUACAAAUACGCGUGCAAGCUGCUAAGCAUUUGGGAGAUAUGACACAAGUUAGUUCUGAAUUUUUACAUCAAACAUUAGACAAAAAAUUGAUGAGUAAUUUACGCCGUAAAAAGACGGCUCAUGAGAGAGGAGCUCACUUGGUCGCCAGUGGUGAAUGGUCAUCAGGUAAGCGUUGGGGUGAUGAUGCUCCCCAAGAACAAUUGGACACAGCCACUAUAUCAUUGAUAGCCAGCGGUGCUUGUGGUGCCUUAGUCCAUGGUCUUGAGGAUGAAUUUAUGGAAGUCCGUAUCGCAACGGUAGAUUCUAUGUGCAAAUUGGCAUUACGUCAUCCCGAUUUCGCUGUAACAUGCCUGGAUUUCCUUGUCGAUAUGUUUAAUGACGAAAUUGAAGAAGUUCGUUUAAAAGCGAUUUACAGCUUAACGGCUAUAGCUAAACAUAUUGUAUUAAGAGAAGAUCAAUUGGAGAUAAUGCUUAGUUCAUUAGAAGAUUUCUCAGUAGAAGUGCGUGAGGGCUUACAUCUAAUGUUGGGAGCAUGUCGUGUAUCCACCCAGGCUUGCUUGCUCAUGGUGGUACAAAAGUUACUAGACGUUUUGGCGAAAUACCCGCAAGAUAAAUUUUCAGCUUUUGGUUGCAUGCGUAAGGUUGGACAGAAACAUGCCAAUCUUUGCAUGGCAGUGACAUCGCAUUUGCUCCAGGAUCAUCCCUUUUUUGAUAGCGCAGAACGCGAUGUUGAAGAUCCCGCAUAUUUGUGUAUACUGAUCUUGUUAUUUAACGCCGCUCAAAAUUUGCCACCAAUCAUUAGUCUGUUUCCCUAUGUUACAUUAAAGCAUUAUGCUUACCUGCGUGAUGCCAUGCCCACUUUGGUACCGGAACUACCAAUUGAAGGUGCCUCAUCUAAAAAAUCAAUUGACGAUUUAACGGGUUCAAAUAAUUCACGGGAAUAUCUAGAAACCAUACUGGCUCAUAUCAAUGAAAUAUUCUCUAUAGCCAAAGAUCGAGUACCACUCUUAAAAACAGCUCAAGACAAUUUAAAGCGCUUAGGAGAAAUUGAUCCGGAAAUGUUAGGCACAGCCAAUUUCUUGGAAACGUUUUUAGCAGCGCAAAUUCAAAUUGAACAACUGCAAAGCUGUACUGCUUCCCAACAUAACCGUGCACCGCUUAAGGAAUCUCUAGCUCAGCUAGUACGUAACUGUUUGAAAUUGCAACAUGUUUUUUCAGGACUAACAUAUGGAGAUAUAUUAUUGGUUAAGCAAAUUUGUCUAAGAGCUAGUGCUCUCCAUUUAGUUUUAAUUGUGCGUGAUCGCUCACAAAGUGCCUUGGGCCCCUGCCAAAUGCUGCUACAGACUGCAUCAGAUAUAAGUAGCUUUCUGGAUGAAAAGCAGGAAUUUCAACCAGACGAUUUAACAACCUCUUUGCUAAAUCAAUUGGGUAGUAUAGUUGAUCCAAAACCUGGAAGAGUAUUCAGAGAGAUAUUACCUUUAGUACAGGCAGCUUCUCCUGUGAAAAUGCCGCCACCAAAUGUUGAAAUUAAAAUGUGUGUCGCCAAUAUAUUGGAACCCUGUCCUCAAAUGUCUCAGGAUAAUGUUAUAAAAGUUACAGCCGGCCUUAUAGCUGCUUUACCGUUUGUAGCUGAAAUUGAUAACCUACAAGACGCACAGAAACAAGACAUGCGCAUAAAAAUCAAAUAUCCGGACCAACAUACACACACAGUUGUGCCGAAAUUGUCAGAUUUCAGGAAGAUUAUGACUGAGCAAGGUGCUCAUGAAACUAAUGUUAAAUUGCGUACAACUAUUUUGCUUUCACACUCAGUAUGGACAGAAGCAUCCUCUGUGGAGAUAACUCUAUGUUUAGCAGUACGACCGGGAACAGAAUUGGAAUUGUGUAAACCAGCUAAAAUAUUGUUCGCCCCAAAACCGGUUAGACGAGGUAUUUAGAUUAUGAAUCGAAUCGAAUUGAGGUAGUUUUCGCCAUUUUACUUACUUUCCGUCGAUCCUUCUUCAUACACUAAUGAACCGUUGACAAUGAAUUUUAUUUUAUUUGUCGCCGUUCGUUGAGCGCAACAUCUCUUUAAGUAGCAAUCAUUGUUUAUUUAUUUAUUUUCUUUUUUUAUAAAUGUAACGUGAAAUGUUUUAAAAAUUAUGUUUUCAUUUUUUUUUUCUGGCUUUACAAUAAAAAAAUAAUAAAAUGUAAAGAAAGCUUAUGCUUUGUCCACUCAAACAUAUUACAAUAGCAUUGAAUUGGACGCAUUCUGCACUAUAUUGGAUAUAAGAAAGAAAGUCUGACUGAUA